AUGGGGAUUAAGCGACACAAUCAGGACUUAAAGACAGCCAACCUCCCUAAAAUAACACGGCCUGUGCCACAAGACAAAUGGAAGUUUGAAUGUGAGUUGUGUGAGCGCUCCUUCAGUGAAAAAUGGGCCCUGAACAACCACAUGAAGCUGCACAAUGGGGAGAAGCCGUACAAGUGUUCCUGGCCCUCCUGCCACUACGCCUUCCUCACCGUGUCGGCCAUGAAGGACCACCACAGGACUCACACAGGUGAGAAAUCAUACCUCUGUGAUCUAUGCGGCUUCGCUGGAGGAACGAGGCAUGCGCUCACCAAACACAGGAGGCAGCAUACAGGAGAGAGACCGUUCAAAUGCAAGUUCUGCUGCUUCGCCUCCACCACACAGUCCCACCUCUCCCGGCACAUCCGCGUCCACACCGGAGAAAAGCCCUACCGAUGCCCCUGGUGCGAAUACAGAUCAAACUGUGCUGAGAACAUCCGGAAGCACAUACUUCACACAGGAAAGCAUGAGGGAGUGAAGAUGUACAACUGUCCCAAAUGCUCUUUUGCCACCAACUCGCCCAAUGAGUUCAGGAACCAUCUGAAGGAGACUCAUGCAGACAUAGAGAACCCAGACUUGGCCUACCUACAUGCAGGUAUUGUUUCCAAAUCCUUUGAGUGCCGUCUGAAGGGCCAGGGAGCUGCUUUUGUGGAAACUGAUGUGCUGGGUUCCCCUGUGCGGCGAAAAUCAUCACUGGACUCGAGUCAAGACGACCCAGUGCAACAGGUCAUCAUUAUCCAGGGCUACAGCGAAGGGGAAGUCGCCAUUGACCAAGCUCUGGAGGAAUCCGCCGCUGCCACUCUGCAGACUUUAGCCAUGGCGGGACAAGUAGCCGAGGUGCUGCACAUCACAGAAGAUGGACAAGUGAUUGCAUCAGGCCGAGAGGUGGCUUCUGCCGGGGCGCACUUAGCCGGAGGAAGCACCCAGUACGUUGUUUUGGAGUCGGGGGAGGCCGGGGAGCAGCUGGCCGCAGAAGUUGCCAUUCGGGGACAAAGUCACGUGGUUUCUGAAUCGUCCACCGCUCUGGACGCCCUGCUCAGUGCCGUCACUGAAAUGGGACAACAAGAAGAGAUGCAAGGUGCUACUGUGGUUCACGAUAUAAUGGUCCCAGAGGCGACGGAAGGACUGGAGGUGGAGGUGAAGCAAGAGCAGGAGGAGGUGCGAAUGGUGCAAGGGACGGGGCAGGGGGGCAUGCAGGAGGUGAUCCAGCUGGCUGCCAGUCAGAUGCUUAAAGAAGGACUGACGCAGGUGAUUGUCAACAAUGAGGGCAUGCAUUACAUCGUGACAGAGCUGGACGACUGCACGCUACAGGUGGAGGAGGGGGUGUACAGGGAGGCCGGGGAGGAGGAGCAGCAGCAGCAGCAGCAGGAGGUGGAGGUGGAGGAGCAGAAGGAGAUGGUUGUCUAUGUGGACGGGACGCCUCACAAUGUGCUACUGGAUGGAUGA